AUGGAAAUCCAAUUUCCAUUCAGUAAAACUCAACCGCAUCCUGAUGCAGACUUCUUCACUUUUACUGGAAUCCGCAGUAUAACCCCCAAUCCACCAAACUUUAAGGUAACAAAAGCUAGCAUGGCAGAGUUCCCUGCUCUUAACGGUCAGAGCGUCUCCUUUGUUUUUCUCCAGUUUCCUGCCGGCAGUGUUAACCCUCCUCACACACACCCCCGUUCUGCUGAGCUCCUUUUUCUUGUCUAUGGCAGUCUUGAGUUUGGCUUUAUUGACACAACCAACAAACUCUACACUCAAACGCUUCAAAUUGGUGACACGUUCGUUUUCCCGAAGGGACUCGUUCACUUUCAAUACAAUGCUGACUCCGAGAACCCUGCCAUCUCUAUCUCUUCGUUUGGUAGUGCAAAUGCUGGAACUGCCUUAGUUCCUACUACAGUUUUUGGGACCUGA